AUGAUCCUCACAAAUUGUGCCGUCUGCGCCGCCCACGACGCGCCGCAUCUGUGUACGGUGUCAACUGAGAUAUUGUAGUCGUCAGGACUGUCAGCAACACUACUGGCGCAGCGGGCACCAGGAGAAUUGCGAGAUUAUACACCGCGGCGGCGACGCGGAACAAUACCACGCCGAGAAAAAAUAUAAGUGGGCCGUCGCGGUCGCGGUCAAGGCGUGCGCCGAGGACACGACCGGUCAAAGGUGCUAUGUCUGCUUCGAAGGCGACGCGGAGGAGGGCCUCGUGCGCGGGUGCGCGUGCCGCGGGGCGGCGGGCUUUGCACACGUCUCGUGCUUGGUGCGGCAGGCGAAGAUUUUAGUCGAGGACGCCGAGGCAAGGGACUUGGAUGAUGACAAGUGGGAUCGGUGGUACACGUGCGGCCUGUGCGAGCAAACGUACCACGGCGUCGUGUAUUGCGCGCUCGGGUGGGCGUGCUGGAAGACGUACGUGGGGCGGCCGGAGACGGACUGGGCUCGAGCUGGGGCGAUGAAUGUGCUUGGGCUCGGUUUCUUCGAGGCAGAACACUACGAGGACGCGUUGUCCGUGCUUGAGGCCGAGUUGUCCAUGCGGCGGCGCCUUGGCGCUGACGAAGACCACAUCCUAUCCGUGCAGGGUAAUCUCGCGACCACUUAUCUACAGCUCGGACGACUCGAACAGGCCCUACGCAUGCGGCAGGACGUAUACUCUGGACUCUUGAGGAUCAACGGCGAAGAAGAUAGAGAUUCCCUUUUAGAAGCUCACAACCUCGCGUCGUCCUUUAUCAGUCUAGAGCGCUUCGAAGAAGCCAGGUCACUGAUGCGCAAAACGAUACCCGUGGCACAGCGCGUGGCCGGUGAGGAUGCUGAAGUCACGCUCAGGAUGAGGUGGAGAUACGCGGAGGCGCUCUGCUGGGACACCGCCGCCACGCUCGACGAUGUCCGCGAGGCCGUGACGACGCUCGAGGAGACGUUACCGACCGCGCGGCGCGUGCUCGGCGGCGCGCAUCCGUUCACGGUGGAGGUUGAGCGCAACCUGGGGGAUGUCCGAGCCGCGCUCCGCGCCCGCGAGACGCCGCCGCCGGGGAGCGCGUAA